GAAAAGAACGAACCACUAACCGAGUUGAUAAGCUAUUUGAUCGUUUCACGUGGAGAUUGGCGACGGCAUCAGACUCCCGUGGUGGAUGCGGAGCCCGCAUAUCUUCCUCGUUUGGUCUCUUAUCAUGUUGGACAUGGAACGAAUGUGACUCACGACAUUUGCCUUCCCAACGGCUCAGUGGAGCGCGUCAUGUUCCCUAAGCGACAGACUGAUAAAUCUUUGUAUUACUUCUUGAAACACGCUCACGCGGGUGAUCUGGUGCCCUGUGAACCAGUGGUCGAAUCAGAGGCGGUCGAAAUGGAACCGGAUGAGUAA